AUGACUAUUGCCAGCCGAUUACGUUUGGUCACAUUGCUGCUUUUCGCAGCCGGCGCCGCUUCCGUCUUAUCGCAGCCCUGGGAGCCGCCCGCCGCCGCACCCGUCUCGUACAAAUACUUUCAGGAGCCGGGCGGCUCUCUGGCGCGGAUGCACUACGAUCUUCGUUAUUUUAAAGGGGAAGCCGCCUACGAUGAACGCCAAAUCAUACUGCGCGAUCUUAUUCGCAGCUAUCUGCAAACCAUGCAGGCCAUGGGGGUCGAGACCUGGCUUGCGCAUGGUACUCUGCUCGGCUGGUGGUGGAAUGCGCACAUCAUGCCGUGGGACUACGAUCUCGACGUGCAAGUUUCCAACGCGACGAUGGCGUGGCUGGCGAACGGCUUCAAUGGCACCGAGCACACAGUGACCUUUGGCAAGGAUGCUGGGUCAGCCAUCGCCGGUACUACCACUGGUGCUGCGAACAGUCCGCGCACUCGCACGUACCUGCUCGAUAUCAACCCGCACUACACAAACGUCGACUCGAGGGGCGGUUACAACAUGAUUGACGGUCGCUGGAUUGACACGGAUCACGGCAUGUUUGUCGACAUUACCGUUCUCCGCGAGCGCGCUCCUGAGCGGAGGCCUGGUGAAUGGUCCUGCAAGAAUGGGCACCAAUACAAGGCACACGAUCUCUGGCCGCUUCGCGUGUCUGAGUUUGAGGGCGUACCUGCGAGAAUACCCUACAAUGUGGAAAAGAUUCUGAGCGAUGAAUACUCACAGAGGUCAAUGACGAAAGAGACGUUUCAGUCUCACCAGUGGGAUCAUGAUCUGAAACAAUGGGUCAUCGAAGAUCCCGAGCAGCGCGGUCGCGCAAAGGAUGCAGGGGCAUCACAAAAGAAACAGCAGCUUUUGCACCAAGGUCGCUUCUGA